CACGUUUUUUAUAUGCGGUUGGAUAUUGAAUUGACCUUUUUCAAAACACUGAAGAAAAAAUGGGGGGUUUAAUAAGGACAAAAUAAGCUGCGUCUUUCCAAAUUCCACGUUCUUCAUUCUUUUUCUUUUCUUUUGUUUUCUUUUCAAGCCCAAGAUUCCCCAAUGGAUCUUUGCCUGCCCUCCUCUUUCCGGCAGCCGGAAUGUACCCUUUUCCGCCGGGACCUUCACGGGUCCUUUUUCCGGCCGAUGGGCUCGGAGCCAGCCCGGUCGAGGCAGAGAGCGGUCGUGAUGGCGCAGAAAAAGCCGAAAAUCGAAGGGUUGAGCGAUGAGCUAAACUCGAUCGCGUCGCAAAAUCUUGACCACGCGCCUGCACGAAGGAGAGUGCGUUCGGCUUUUGCCAAUGUUCAGCUGCAGCUCGAUCACAUUUUGUUUAAGGUAGUUCCAGCUGGAAUCAGAACAGAAGAGUGGUAUGAAAUAAAUUCUGAUGGACUAGAGAUUUUCUGCAAGAGCUGGUUGCCUAAGCCCGGCGUACGAAUCAAAGGCGCUUUGUGCUUUUGCCAUGGAUAUGGUGACACGUGCACAUUUUUCUUUGAAGGCAUUGCUAAAUACAUUGCCGCCUCUGGCUAUGGCGUGUAUGCAAUCGAUCACCCGGGCUUUGGUCUUUCAGAAGGAUUGCACGGCUAUGUACCCUCGUUUGACGCCAUAGUUGAUAAUGUUAUUGAGCAGUUUACAAUAAUGAAAGGUAAGCAUUUGGAGGCCCGAGAUUCGGGGGCUGCCCCGUUUCUUAUUCGGGCAGUCGAUGGGUGGGGCAAUUUCUUUAAAAGCGCUUUUGAAGGCUCCGAACGAAUGGGAUGGCAUAGUGCNAUCUUUUUGGAUACUCAGAUAUCAGAUGAAAUGGCGCCACCUGUACCGCUGCAGAAAAUACUAAUCUUGCUAUCGAACCUUUUGCCACAAGCAAAGCUCGUCCCUCAGAAGGACUUGGCCGAUUUGGCAUUCAGAGAGCUGAACAAGAAACAAAUGGCUCCAUACAAUGUGAUCAGUUAUUCGGACCAAACUCGACUGAGGACUGCAGUCGAGCUUCUGAACGCUACAAAAUAUAUUGAAUCACAGGUCGAAAAGAUUUCAUCGCCAAUGCUGAUACUUCAUGGGGCAUCGGAUAAGGUAACGGAUCCGCGUGUGAGCCGGUUUUUGUAUGAGAAUGCUUGUAGCAAGGACAAAAGCUUGAAGCUUUAUGAAGGGGGUUUUCAUUGUAUUCUGGAAGGUGAGCCUGAUGAUAGAAUUUUGGAGGUUCUUAAUGAUAUUAUUUCAUGGCUUGAUGCCAGGACCUCUAUUAGGUAGACCCUAUCAUAUAUAUAUAUAUAUACAUAUUUUUUUCUAAUCAAACAAUUUAUUUUUCUUAAUGAUGUAUUAAUUUCAAAGACUUGGGUACAUUCAACUUGAUUCUUAGUAAUAAAUGCAGUUGAAUUUUGAAGUG